AUGCGUAACGUUCUCUUCGCUGCUUCCGCUCUUAGCGGCAUGGCUGCUGCCCUCCCCCAGAUGAUCAACAUUGAGGCUGCUUUGGCCGUCCCCACUCCUACUGUUCUUGGGCCCCAGGCCACAGAGACGGCUGAGCUCCCCGUAUCCUACGACCAGGAAGCUGCCACCAAGUCUGCUGCUGCUGCAGUUGCAACAGGUGGUGUUGUGGUAAAGAAGCGUGAUGCCUGCCAGGAUCAGCCUGCAGGUGCUGGUGCCGAGUACGUUCCUGGUGAUGGCUCCGUGGGCGCUUACCUUGACCCCAACAACGACCUUAGGAAGGCUGCCCGUAAGGCAAUCGCCCCCACUGGAUACAAGGAGUCCUUCGUCGAUGAAAUCGGCUCUACUGAACAGAUUGGCUACUUGACCUACAAGACUCUGGACUCGUACAGCGUUGACGAAUGUGCUGCCUUCUGCAACAGCGAGAAGUUCUGCCUUGGUUUCAACCUCUUCUUCGAGCGCGAUCCUAGCAAAGACCCUGGCGCCGGAUGCCCAGACCAAGACCCCUUGCCAGUGACUAACAUCAAGUGCUCCAUCUACGGAUACCCCGUCGCUAAGGCGUCGGCUACCAACCAGGGCCAGUACCGUGGGGACUUCCACGUUGUCAUCACCGGUAGCAACGGAUACUCCAAGGCUGGCAAGGGCGAAUGCAAGGGCGCCCCCACUGUCGAUGGCUACAACGCUCCCACCAACCUCAAGGCUGCCAUAAACGCUCCUUACAUCCAGAAGAACGGUCAGAACUACGACACUUACAACGGCAUGCGUCUCUUCAACACCAACCCCUACGACCCCAGCCUCUGUGCUGCUGCUUGCGAGUCGCAGACCCAGUUCGACAAGGAGCACCUCGUUGACGCCAACGGCGAGUACAAGCCCUGCAACUUCUUCACCUCCUACAUCUUGACCAAGAACGGCGUUCCUCUCGGUACUUACUGCGCUCUCUACACCCAGCCAUGGGAUGAGUCCUAUGCCGUCAACACUGGCUACUACUACGGCGAGGAUGAAUACUCAGUCAUCUGUGCUGCUUCUUACAGCGAUUCUACUCCUGACACUGGAAAGAUCACCGAGACCGUUGUGUCCCUGAACCUCACAUCGCUUUCUUUUGGUUCAGAUUUCACAUUCUUGGAACUUGAGAAGAUGUCCUCCCAACCCAGUGUGGUCCUCAUCCCGGGCUCCUUCUGUCCCGCUAGCAUGUACGAUUCUCUUGUAACGCCCCUCCGUGCGAAAGGAUACGACAUUCAUGUCCUCGAACCACCCUGCUACCCCGCCGGCUACCACGCCAGCUCCGGUACUGCCCAUCCAAGUAUGUACGAUGACGCAAAAUACAUCAAUGAUUUUGUGAUGAAGCUGGCAGACGACGGAAAGGAAGUCAUCGUAAUCGCUCAUAGCUACGGUGGUUGCGCAGCCACCGAGAGCUUGAAGGAUGUGACAAAGAAAGAGCGCGAACAGCAAGGAAAGACUGGCGGGGUAGUACGCAUCGGGUACCUUACAGCCGCUGUACCACGUUUCGGUGAAAGCUGUGGCCAGACUCUCGUGGGCGGCAAAGGUGCUCCUGUUGAUAUAGAUGAGAAUGGAUGGAUGUCGCAGCCAGACCCCGCGGCUACAGCGGCCAUAUGUUUCAACAACCUUACGCAGGAAGAAGGUAUCUCGUACGUCGCCAAGUUUGGAAAGCAUUACAGUGCUUGUUUCGGCGAUGCAAUUACCCACGCUGGCUACAAAGCCCUCCCGGUGUCUUGGUUCUUCGCUGCGGAGGAUCUUAUCAUUCUGCCAGAGGUGCAGCAGACUGCCAUCAACGUGAUCGAGGAAAGUUGGGUUGAUACGGAGAGAGAGGGGAGGAAGGUGGAUGUUACUAGAAUCGACUGCGACCAUUUCCCACUUGUUCUUGAGGAGAAGAGGGAGCAAGUGAGUGCGUGGAUCGAACGUGUUGUUGCGAAGGGUGGCCUCGAGUAG